AGUUUGUUUUCUGUUCUGUUCGAACGUAAACUUUAUUCUCUGUGAAAAUGACUGGUCGCGGUAAGGGAGGAAAGGGAUUGGGAAAAGGAGGAGCAAAGCGCCAUCGCAAAGUGUUGCGUGAUAACAUCCAAGGUAUCACCAAGCCCGCCAUUCGUCGUCUGGCUCGUCGAGGUGGAGUGAAACGUAUCUCAGGAUUGAUUUACGAAGAGACCCGUGGUGUCUUGAAAGUGUUCCUUGAGAACGUGAUCCGUGACGCAGUCACUUACACCGAACACGCCAAGAGGAAGACCGUCACCGCCAUGGACGUCGUCUAUGCUCUCAAGCGUCAAGGCCGCACCCUUUACGGUUUCGGCGGAUAAAUUCACUCACUAUCAUCCAAAAAACAAUCGGCCCUUUUCAGGGCCACCAAAUUUUUUUACGUUUGAAUACUUUUUUUCAAUAACAUAAUUGAAUGAUAAAAGCAUUACAGUGCAAUCGAUCAGUGAGUUAUAGGUACAUUAUUAAAUAUAAUAAUCGUCGUAUUCCUUCCUUUUACAUUCUGUCCGCAGUGAGAGAGAAAGAGAGGAAGGUUUCAGUAUUUUUUAAUUAUUUU